CUCAUUGGCAGAGAACUGAAUCGUUCUAUGGGCAGCCGUUUAUUUGGUGCAUGCUGCACAAUUUCGGAGGCAACCUGGGAAUGUAUGGCACAGUUGAAAAUGUCACUCGGGGUCCUGUAGAAGCCCUCAAUGAUUCAAAGGCAACUAUCGUUGGUACCGGUUUGACACCCGAGGGUAUCGAGCAAAACGACGUUGUAUAUGAACUGAUGAACGAGAUGGGUUGGAGGACUCAACCUGUUAAUCUUGCGUCAUGGGUAGUUGGUUAUGCACGAAGGCGAUAUGGUGGAGACAAUACUUUGGUGUCCAUCGCUUGGUCGUUGCUUUUUCAAAGUAUUUACAACAGCACCAUUUCACGACAGAACCACUGUCAUGCCAUUCCUGUUGUGAGACCCGCACUUGACCUUAACCCUCCUAUAUGGUAUAAUAUUAGCCACGUGUAUCAAGCAUGGGACCUGAUGGUGAGGGCAGCACCGAAAUUUGCUGGUAUAGGAACGUUCAGGUAUGCUACUAUAGUCAUAUUGCCUAGUCAAUGCCAUAAGUAAUUGCAUUAUGACAACUCAGUGACUGCAGAAACGUUUGUAUUAGUCUGGAUUAUAUCUAAAGUUUCAUCAAUGCAAUUUGCAUGUCAUACAAUGUACGUUACUGCUCCUAAUGUUUUCAAGAUUAGUUAUUUUUGAUACUCCAA